AUGAAAAUUGUCAAAAGUAAAAUAUGCACGUGUGUUUUAUAUGCACAUGCAUUCUGGAUACCAAUCAUCCACUGUGAUAUAUUUUCGGCACUGUGUAAAUUACAAGAAUUACCUGGUAAAGAAAAGGAGCUGAUUUCAACUUUUGAUAGAUUUUUAAGUAAAAAACGGGAGACGUCCGACAUCAGAGAUCUUAAACGGUUUGUAGAUGACAUGAGAUAUGCCAAUAAACUGAUAUCUAAAAACCCAAGGUGCUUAGAGAACCCUGUAAAUAGUUACAAAUUUUUAUAUCGAAUAGUAGCAGUAUGGGGACAACGACUACAACAGUAUUCCAAUUGUUCUGUUCAGGACAACACAUCGCUUCCGUAUUUUAUAAAUUCUGUGUAUAAUAACAGUCAGAGCAUGUCUACAUGGCCCAACCAGACUGAUUUAGAUGGGGCCGGCUUAGCAUUAAUACGCAUAGGCAACGCUUACAAUAUUAACAGUCGUCGCUUUCAUAGUGGCAUAUUCGCUUCCUCGACAAUCAGCAAUCUUACAGGUUUUGAUGUUCUAAAUAUUGGUCUAACGGCUUCCAGAGUCGAUCAUCUUUACGACGCCAAGAAAUGGUUAACUGACGCCAUUCAUCUUCUCUCAACAGAAAGAAACACCAUUGAUCUGAUAGUUCGAGCCUAUCGUUCACUCGGCAAUAUAUAUAAUAGGUUGAAUGCACCUCAGUUAGCAGUUGAUGUGUUAAAACAGGCACUGACUAUAGGCAAGUAUAUAUAUUAA